AUGAAACAAUCACUGAAAAUCGGAACAUGGAAUGUAAGAACGCUGUUUCAAAGUGGGAAGCUGGAUAAUGUGAAGCUGGAAAUGACACGAUUGAAGGUAAAUGUCCUAGGAAUAUGUGAAACGCGGUGGACGGGCAGCGGUGAGUUCAACAACGAUAGUUUCAAGGUGUUAUAUACAGGUGGAGUAAAACACGAACGAGGAGUUGCUCUGAUACUGGACAGAGAAAACGCGAAGAGCUUGCUAGGAUGGUGGGCUUUGUCAGAUAGAGUCAUGAUGAUAAAGUUGAAAGGUAAACAAAUAGAUCUCAGCAUCAUUCAGGUAUAUGCACCAACGACUGCAAGUAGUGCAGAAGAGAUUGAUGAAUUCUACAACACAUUGGAGAAAGCUAAAACACAAUGUAAGUCGACAGAUGUUACAGUCAUAAUGGGGGACCUAAAUGCAAAGGUAGGAAACGAGGCAGAAGGAGAAACAGUUGGAAAAUUAUGGACAUGGCUGAACCCGGGAGACGAUUUUAAGAACCAGAUUGACUACAUUGUUAUCAAGAAACGGUAUAGAAGUGCAAUUAAGAACUCAAAGGCAUACCCAGGAGCAGACUGUGGUCGUGAUCAUAACCCAGUCAUAUGCGUUAAAGGUUAA